GCAGACCUGAACAAUGACCGACGGGAUCAUGGGGAAGGCUGCCACGAUGGAGAUUGCCAUAAACAGCAAUGGUGACACCGCUGAACUGCCAGAGGAUGACAGCUUGGAGCAGGACCUUCAACAGGUGAUGGUGUCUGGACCAAAUCUCAACGAGACUAGUAUCGUCUCCGGAGGUUAUGGAGGAACAGCAGAAGGAAUAAUCGCCACCGGAACCAUCAAAGCUAAGCUAGAGGCAGUACAGCUCCCAUGGAAGGAAAGGGCUGUAGGAAGUCCAAAGGAUGGAAAAUCUUUGUUCAAUCUGGUGCCGAAAGUCAGGAUUUACAAACCUAGGUCCAGUAAUGUUCACCAUACCCAGAGCAACCCAGUCACAGCAAGCAACGAAGCUGCCCGUGGGAUUGCUGUGGAGAAGUUCGAUGUUGUGAAAAAGUGGGGGAUCAACACCUACAAGUGCACCAAACAGAUGAUCUCGGAGCGGUUUGGUCGAGGCUCCCGCACUGUCGACCUGGAGCUGGAGGCGCAGAUCGAGCUGCUCCGGGACACCAAGCGCAAGUACGAGAACGUGCUGCGUCUGGCCCGCGCGCUCACCACGCACUUCUACAACAUGGUGCAGACGCAGCGCGCCCUGGGAGAGGCUUUCUCGGACCUUAGCCAGAAAUCACCAGAACUGCAGGAGGAGUUUGGAUACAAUGCUGAGACUCAGAAACUGCUCUGCAAGAAUGGGGAGACACUCCUGGGAGCCGUCAACUUCUUCGUGUCCAGUAUCAACACCCUCGUCAACAAGACCAUGGAGGACACGCUGCUCACAAUAAAACUCUUCGAGAAUGCCAGAUUGGAAUAUGAUGCGUAUCGCACGGACCUGGAGGAGCUGAACCUGGGUCCUCGGGAUUCUGUCACGCUGCCAAAGAUCGACCUGGCACAGCAGUUGUAUGUGGUGCAUAAAGAGAAGUACGAGCGAUUACGCAGUGACGUCACCAUCAAGCUGAAAUUCCUGGAGGAGAACAAGGUGAAGGUGAUGCACAAGCAGCUGCUCCUCUUCCACAACGCCACCUCCGCCUACUUUGCGGGGAACCAGCAGCAGCUGGAACAGACGCUGAAGCAGUUCAACGUGAAGAUGAAGGCGCCCAGCUCAGACAAGCCGUCCUGGCUGGAGGAGCAGUGAUGGUUGGCGAUGGACAGUGGGAUCCUCCUGUGUCAGCGCAGCAACACCGGACAGAACGAGCCAGCUGCAUUAAACACAAACCCAAAAAUCUCUCUGAGGCUCGUGUGUUUGAACCAACUCAAACGUGUUAGAAUUUUAGGGAAAUUUCCUCGUUGCUUAAAGUCGAAUCAUUUCCAGAUUUCACGCCUUCAUAAUCUUCGUACAAAUUAAACACUAAGGAGCAAUGGGACUGAGUGUGGACGCUGACAGUGGAGCCCUAGGUUGUACAUAAUCCGUCUAUGGAGCUGAGAGGCUGCCCUGGUACCUGGCUGGGGUGGUGGAUCUCUCCCACAACCCCCCAGACUGACAGCUUUGGACCUUGCUCCUGGGGAUGCUGUGGUUCAUGGGAAUCGGGCACUUUUAGUGGGACCUGGCUUUCUAUUUGCACCUUGUGGUGAUGGGGUUGAGUGGACACAGGCACUGUGGUCAGCUCAGCACUGCUGCUAUCGACGGUCGAUGGGACCUGGUACAUUUUAGUACUGGGCUGCCCCAUUGCAAGGGGUGGGUGGGGAGGGUUUGUCUGGGCCAGACCACCUCCAGCAACAUCACCCUCACAGCCCCUCCAAACCCGGACUAUUCAUUAAGCCCAGCCUGUGGACUGAGUUCCACCCGUGUGUGACGAGACUGGAGGGGAGUGACUGUGCAUUGUCCUGUCCACAGUUUUGCCACAUUUAUGGGAUCCCUGGUGUUGGAAUUGUUAGCAGGGUGUGGGUUAUGUGCUGUAUUAAAAAUUAUCUUUAACUCUGCAUUUUCUGUACUGUGCUGUUUGUGGGUAUUUAAGUUUAUUAAUAUAUAAAAAACCCACGAUCUGGUAAAGAGCAGAUAGACUGGAAGUUGGGACCAUUGAGGAACAGUGGGGUUGUUGGGGCUGGGGGAGCAACUUUCCCCACACCCAGUGGGCCCUAUCCCCACCCCUGGCACCGACCAUGUAUUUCUAGAACUUUGUUUUAUAAUCUCAAAGUACAGAGUGGGGCAUUUUAUAAAACUUCACUUCCAUCUCACUUUUGGAGGUAUUAAAAUGUGUGAGUUGCUGAA